AUGACAGUAAAUGCAGAUCAGUGUGAAAGAAGUAGCGGAAGUGGUAGCGAACAUCAAGUUUAUACUUAUAGUCCUACUUCUAACUGGGAUUUUAAUGCUGCAAUAUUGAUUCAAAAAUGGUAUAGACGAUAUUUGGCAAGGGAGGAAGCAAGAAGACGGUGUUCAUGGAAAAUAUUUCAAAGCUUAGAAUACGUUGGAGAACAGGAUCAGACAAAGCUCUACAACUUUUUCAACGACCUUAUCACACACCUUUUCAAAGUCAAUCCUGAUAUUGCAUCAUCAGUGACAUAUAAUAAUCCAUACUUUUUUAGAGGAAAAAACCCUGUAGUGAUGAGACCCCUAUCUUCAAAUUAUUAUUUGGAAGGUACAGAUCCAAGAAAUAUUCAAGUUGAGAAAGAUUACAAAGGUUUAAGAAUAAGAAUACCCUUAAAAGCAGAAGACAUUCUCAGACUUACUGAAUUCUUCAAAUAUCGCAAGACAUUACAUGCCAAAUAUGUUCUCGUUAUAAUUCACGCAGCUCGUAACAUAUUGAGGUUUAAGCCAAAUAUUAAUUUUGCCUCCAGUGUGUAUUCUGGACAGAUUACAGUUUGUGGAGAUCUUCAUGGAAAACUGGAGGAUCUUUUAACUAUUUUUCAUAAGAAUGGUCUUCCAUCUCGUGAUAGGCCUUAUAUUUUUAAUGGAGAUUUUGUGGACAGAGGAACGCACUCAGUUGAAGUCUUAUUAAUAUUACUUGCUUGUUUCGUUGUUUGGCCUGAUGCUGUCUUUUUAAAUAGAGGAAACCACGAAGAUUUCAAUAUGAAUAUCCGAUAUGGAUUUUUGAAAGAAGUUAUGGUGAAGUACAAAGACCAUGCGGCUGAGAUACUGCGAGCUGUAGAAGAUUUAUAUGGUUGGCUUCCUCUUGCAACUGUCAUCGAUAACAAGAUAUUUGUUGUUCACGGAGGAGUAUCAGACACAACGAAUUUAAAAGACAUUGCUGAAAUGGACAGACAUAAGUUUUUCACUGUUUUGAGACCGCCAGUCAGUGAAGGUCAAUUAGCUUAUGAACCAGUGGAAUGGAAAGAAAUUGUUGAUCUACUUUGGAGUGAUCCAAGACCUCAACCUGGAUGUUAUCAUAAUACAUACAGAGGAGGUGGAUGUUUUUUUGGACCUGAAGUAACGCAAGCUUUCUUAGAGCGUCACCAUUUUAAAAUGUUAAUUCGAUCACAUCAAUGCAAGUCUGAUGGUUAUGAAUAUUCUCACAAUGGUCAAGUUCUAACUGUAUUUUCUGCUUCAAACUAUUAUGAUACUGGAAGUAAUAGAGGAGCUUAUAUAAAACUAAUCGGUCCAGAACUGAUUCCUCAACCGGUAUUGUAUGUUAGCAACAAGCGGGCUAGGCAUGCUUCAUUAAGACAAAGGCAAGGAAUAAUGGAAAGAUCAGCUCUGAGAGAACUAAAGAAGCACAUAUCAUCAAAAAGAUUUACUUUAAUGGGAGAAUUCAAUAAGCGGAAUAAAGCUAUGGUUUCAACCAUUUCAUUAGCUGACUGGAGUGAUGCUAUGGAAAGUGCAAUUGGCUUAGGACUUCCUUGGAGAUUACUUUGUCACAAACUGGCAAAGUAUGACAAAGAAACAGGACAAGUAGAAUAUACUACUACAAUGGAAGACUAUCACACUUAUACAGAAGGACUUAUUGAAGAUGGACAUACUUUACUUGAAGCUUUGUACAAAAACAAAAACGCAUUAGAAGCAGUAUUCAAGAUGAUUGACAAAGACGGAGAUGGUUCAAUCUCAAUGGAUGAAUUUACAGACGCGUGUUCCUUCUUAGGAGAACAACUCAAUAAACCGAUACCCCCAGGGACUAUUCAAGAUUUGGCUCACAGUAUUGAUAUGAAUAAAGACGGUUUCAUUGAUCUUAAUGAGUUUUUAGAAGCAUUUAGGCUUGUGAAUGGUCAAUUACCAGAAGAUAUUGCAGCUAUUGAAGAUAUUAUGGAAAGUGCAAAUACACCAGAUAGUCAGAUCAGUAUUACUUCAGCCGAACAAGAACAGAACUCACUGUUAGAAAACAUUGAUGAUGAUGAUAAUUGCAGUCAAAGAAGAUUUUAAACAAGCUCUUGCUGGUCUCUUCUAUUCUAACUCAAUAUAAACAACCUUUAUUUAAACAAGAUUUUACUUGGAAAAGCAGUUGGCACAAUUUGAAAGAGCAUGCUUGAUUAGUGAAUAUAUAU